AUGUUACCGAUACGUUACACCUAUGCAGUGCUACUUCCCUACGUGAUUAUCAUUCUGCUAGCUUCAUCAGACGGAGGGAGAGAAAAAAGAGGUGUCCAGAAGGAACUCGCCAGAAGGCACUCCUUUCUUGGUCCAGGUAUAAAAAUACGUGAAGUGAAGAUACACGGGCAGUGGAAAAAAAAAAAAAAAAAACUGGAAUCAAAGUUGGACGUAAAAUUGAAAUUCACCUUAAAAUCGACGCCAACGUCUAAUCAAGAACUACCCUUCCCGUACGACAGUGUGAGAAUAGGCCAGGGCUAUGACAUUCACCAGAUACGGGUCAGCACCCCGGAAGACAUCACCGUGGAUUCCUCUGCUGAUGCCAACAAGCAGAACUUCAAAAGGCUAACCAUCGGGGGGGUGCAGGUGGAUACAAUUUCCGUCCUGUCGCACAGCGAUGGGGACGUAAUUUAUCACGCAUUAGUAGAUGCCCUACUUGGAGGUAUGAAUUGUUUGGACCUAGGAACCCUCUUUCCUGAUGGAUCGGAAAAAUAUAAAAAUAAAAAGUCAAUUUCCUUUUUAAGAUAUGCCAGACUACUUUUGUAUAAAAAGAAUUAUGCCAUUGCAAAUUUAGACAUCAUCGUCAUUGCGGAAAUUCCCAAAAUAAGUCCAAUACGAGAGGAAAUUGUUCGAAACAUAUCUUCUGCUCUGGGCAUCUCGGAGUCGCAGGUCUCCCUCAAAGGAAAAACACACGAAAAGCUCGGCCCCAUCGGACAGAAAAAGGCAAUCGAGUGCUUCGCAAAUGCGCUCUUAAUUCGAAAAAAAUCAGAAAAAAUCUGA